GCUUUAUCCGGUUUCCUAAUGAUGUUAACCCAAAAUGGCAAACUAUUGUAUAUUUCGGAUAAUGCUGCGGAAUAUUUGGGCCAUUCUAUGGAAGAUCUACUCAUCCAUGGCGAUUCGGUGUACGAUAUCAUCGAUAAACAAGAUCAUUCAGCGAUACAGGCGGAACUUAAUCGCAAUGUGCCACCACAGCCUGGACAACAUAUCAAUUCGGCGGCAGCAGCUGCUGCGGCAAUCUCAAAUUUAGAGGGGGAGCAUCGAAUGUUUCUGUGCCGCAUGAAUGUUAGUCGCAAUGCUCGCAGACAAAUGCGUUUUGGAGAUCAGAAGGUUGUCUUGGUUCAGGGUCAUUAUUUGUCAUUUCUGCCACUUUGCAGCCGCAAUGAACCCGUAUUCUUGGCCACAUGUACACCGAUCGCCAUGCCCGAGACGAGGGAGUGUGUGGUGCAGGGUGCCACCAAUGUCUUUACCACCAUCCAUUCCAUGGAUAUGAAAAUAGCGCACAUUGACAAAAAUGGCGAAUUUCAUUUAGGCUAUUCCAGAGGUGAUAUUCAGGGACAAUCCUGGUAUGGCCUAAUACACUCGGAUAAUUUACGAGAAGCUCAAAGUAAACAUAGACUAAUAACACAAUCCGAACAAGAUCGUUCAUGUAUUUUAUUGGUGCGAAUGCAACGACGUCAGGGAGAUUUUAUUUGGGUACAUGUUGUGCUGCAAGUACGUGAUGCCCAGGAUACCAAUCAGCAACCAGUCAUAGUGUGUACCAAUCAAGUCUUAAAUGAACGUGAAGCCUCUGUAAUGCUGCUAAAUUCAUGGCUCUACCACUACUACACCGUACAAUCGAAAAUUCAAUUUGGUCUACCCUAUGAUGGUGGUACCCGCGUACCAGCCACCACACCCACCUCUGGAAAUCCUGCUUCCGUUUAUUACCACCAUCACAUACAUCAUCAUUCUGGAACGUCUGCCUUCUCACCAACCUCAGUGGUGGGUUCACCAUACUCAGGGCUACAUCAUGCCUCAAAUCAUCACGCCCAUCCUCUGCAGCAUCAGUAUCAUCCACAUCCGCAUAUGCCCUCACAUUAUGGUUCAUUUCAUUCGAGUGGCAAUGGUGCGGGUGGGGGAGAAAUCCCAAUGAAUGGUAACUCUCGCACAAAUGGUGAGGUAUUAAUGGACUCCCCUGAUUCUCGGGUGGCAAGUGAGGCGACCUCAGGACAAUUAACAAAUGGUACAAGUUUACGACUAGAACCAGUGGAUUAUAGUCAAUUGGGUGGUGGUGGAGGCUCUGGCACAGGUGCAAUUUCAAACCAUUCCAUAUCGCCGGCCCGCUCUCCCUCCUCCCAGAAAUCAAAUGGAAACGAUUUACGCUGUGAAAGUGCCAAUAGUUCGAUAUCAAGUCAUGUAUCCGCCGCCACCAGUUAUGCCAUGUCAUGUACCAGUCACAGUCGUGUAAGUCCACCCCCGGCCAAACGUAGAGCCCUGGGAAAAUUGGAACCCAUCUAUGUCCCCGAUACCUCCGAAGAGGGUAGUCACUACGAAAUUUGUGAAUUAGAUCCCGUCUAUCAUCGUACCUCCGACAAUCAUCAUCAUUCAUCGGUAAUAUUUGCCACUGUAGUGCCGACAAGACCACGUCUUCUCAAUAAAUUAUUACCUCCCGAUCCCGCAGAAUUUAUGGAUCAAUGGAAUCCCAGUCCACCAUGGUCGGAGAGUGCCCAGAAGCUAGAUAAUUCCUCUUCGUCACAACAAGAACUAAGUCCCUGCAUAACAACCACCCCGCCGACACCCACAAGUGCUCCACCCACCAUGGGGGUGGGUGGGAAUUGUAACGCCAACGGUAUAUCUGCCACAUUGGGUUCGGCAUUCUCAUUUGAAUGGAUGCCCGAACAAUUGGUACCCGUUGUACCGGAUAGCUGUGUAACUUGCCUUAAUUCCGAAGGCUUGCCAAUGGUGAUGAGUCACCAUCAUCAUCAUCACAACCAUCAUCAUCAUCAUCCUGCCGUUGAUACAGCUAAUGGUCAUCAUCAUUCUCCUCAUUGCCCACCACCCCCACCAUGGACAUCACACAUGAUUAGUUCGGAUCAUUAUAAUCACCUCUUGAGUACACAAAAUCAACAGCAGAGAAUAUUGAGUUUAAAUGAAACGGUCCAUGGUGAUCAUCCACAACAUCAUCAUCAGCAGCAGCUAAAUCAUCAUGAAAGUGUUCCUGUUGAGGGACAUGUCAUGAAAUGUGAGCGUCCCGAUGAAUUAAACCCAACAAAUGAUCCGGAACAAAAUCAUCAGCCACGCAACAAACAGGAGGGUCAUUAA